AUUAUUUUCUAUAUAUUAUGAUUUGUAAAUAUUAUUCUCUGCUUUUACGAUAUUAUUUUAGGCACACGAGUAUAACCACGGGCCUUCUGUAUGCCACUUCUUGUUCACAAGCGAUGUUUCGAACCCAAAACUGUAACCAGCAGCCUUAACCGCUCGGCCACGGAGCCCCCUUAAUGCAAAUAAAGUUUGUAAAGUAUUAGAAAUUAUGAAGCGAUACUAUUUAAGUUGCUAUUUCAUAAGCAUGGUGUCAGGUUUAGUUAAAUGUCUGCUAUACAAUUUUACAUGACAGCUAUUCUACAUAUCAUCUGGCGAAAUAUGUUUUGCAGCAUUAUGAUUAUAUACGUGAAGGAUGGUUCUGUGCUUACUUACAUACGAGACCAUUUUACAAUGUGUAGCGAGGUCAGAGCUAUUUAUAGAUUGUCGUAUCGUAUCUGUCAACAGCCAAAUAUGUACAUGCAAAAAGUAUUGAUAAAUUCAUUUUACUGCAGGAAAUAUUCUUUUUUGUGGUUUCAAUUAAUAAAAAACUAUCUUAACUUCAAUACUGAUCCCAAUUUGUUAACUGGAAUGCCUUUGAAAGAAUAAAAACCUGAGGUAAAUUGCAAGCUUCGAUUGCUUUUUUGCCGUAGUGGCAUCCCGAACUGGUCUAAUUUUAGACAAGGUCGAUUGCUUGAACUUGUCAAAUCUCAGCCAAUACACAAUCAAAUACGAUGAAAUUUGGCCAAACAGAGGCUAAGGGGUUCUUUAAGGGUAACAUAUAUUUUAUUUGCGGAAAAAAUACGGCAUUUUGAUAAAAUACAUCUUCGAAGUUGGUGCUUUUUCAGAGCGUUGUACCAUGGUAAUUACUCAUUGCUUCAGAAUGAUUCAAGUAGAAUAUUAAAAAACAAUGUUCUACCUUCAAUUCCAGUGCAAAUCAAUGACGGUAUAAUGCGCCCAAACCGUCCCAUUUCUCCUUAAAGAACCCCACAUUCUGCGGUACGCGCGAAAAAUUUGUCUCCCAGACAGAGUUGUCGUUCUUGACGCACCUGCGAAACCGCGACAGCGGCAAAAUCCAAGGAAUCCAAAGUUACUUUCGUUUCCGUUUUCGGAUCGCCGUGUUGUUUGCAACGCAUUUUUUCGUCAAAACAACUACUUUAUUGCUAUACUUGGUAAGAAUAUUGUAUUGCAUUUACCUCUUAGAUAUUGUGGCACAAUAUUUUGUGCGAAAAUGACCCCUUCAAUGGCGAGGCUGGUCUAGUGAUGACCAGCGGUGAGGACAGAAAACCGCUGCCCCAGCUGCACUGCCAGGCUGCCUGGAAUUUUCAGUUUUCUUUAUAAAUCAUGAGCCUGGUCAGGUCAGAAACAUUGAGACAUAACAAUGACAAUACGCCAUCCCCACUCACAAUUUCUCAGUCAGAGCUGAUGAGGUUACCAGGCUCUGCACAUAAAUUUUAUACAAUAAAAAUAAAGCCCUAUUUCAGUAUUUGAAAAAGUCUUGGUUUUUAUUCUCUUCCAAUCCAGGGAUGUAGACAGGGCAAUGUGGAAGAUAGAGUGUCUUGCCUAGGGACGUUUUGGCGUGGCAUUUGGUUGGGUUCAAACUCACAACCUCUCGGUCGCUACUGUGCUUAGUGCUAUUCGAGUUCUGACAUUUUUGCUGUGGAUGAAGGAUCAUUCUUUGACAGCUAUAUCAAAAAUGUUUUAAAUUAAAUCAACUUUUCAUGUCCACGUUUUUAUUAAGCACAGGCAAAGAAGUAGACUUUGUGUAUGGACCUUCGGCAUGGGAUCUUAGAUCUAUUAUAUAUAUUUAAGGCCUUGAUGAUGUCUAGUAGUGAAGAAGAUGUGAUAAUAGACAGUCAACAGGAUCUCUUUGUGUCACCGGAAAAGUCAGCACACUCUAAGACGGAACUUUCAAGUUCAGUACCAUUCAGCCAGAAAUCCACUCAGCCACCAUCACCGAUAAUCAUCAGUUCUGAGAGCGAGAGUGAUACUGAGGACUAUCCGCACAGUCCUGUCUUUAAGAAGAGGAGAGCUGCUACAGGUGUCAACCGGGGUGUUUACAGUGACGAGACAGUCAACCAGGGUGUUAACAGUUACAGUGACAGUGACGAGGCAGUCAACCAGAGUGUUAACAGUUACAGUGACAGUGACGAGGCAGUAGAUUAUCCAAACAAACUGGUCCCAGGGUUUCCAGACUGGUACAAUAUCAAAUACUCCGGAGACAGGGCCAUCUACACAUACGAGCUGAUGUUGGAAUACAAACGAGGGGACUUAAAAUUGAUUGUCUGACAUUUUUCUGUUUGUAAGGUAUUUUAGAAUAAUAACAUAUGUAUUAAAUAUACAGAAUUGUGUCAUUUUGUCACCCCUUGAAAGAAGUUGGUGUAUAUUGCUUUGCACAUGUCAGUUGGUUGGUCCUUAGUCUAGUCCAGCAGUGUUCAGCCUUGCAGAUGACCCCUAUUGAUUUUGAGGUCAGAAGGUGAAAGGUCAAGGUUGCAAUGACCUUAAUCACAAGAAGUUUAUCAAACCAAUAAAACCAAUAAAUAGGGAAGGCUUUGGUCUGCUGUCCUUAUAAUUGUUUGGUAGGUUGGUAUUAUAAAUAGAUUGCAUCUAUAUAUAAUAAGGUCAGAGGUCAAGGUCACAAGGUCAAAAGUGGAAUGUCCUAUAAGUUUUAAACAUCAAACAAACAUCUCUUAUUGUACUUUGUCAUUUACUGAGUGGUUUUGACUUAAAUUUCUAGUUUAUUUACGGUAUCAUUUGUGUAUAUUAGAAAAGUGUUAAGUUGCUGCAAUAUUUUGACAGACAUUUUCUAGAAAUUCCAAAUUUUCAAAAAUCAUGUAAAAAAUCACAAUAUCCUCUAAAUCUAAAAAGAAAUGCAUUUUUGAACUCAGCAAAGCAUACCCUUUAAGAAUAUAUAUAGGUUUUAUGUAAAAAGAAAAAAAUCUGA